AAUCUGGUUUAUUCAUUGAUUUGAGGAGUUUUCAUACAAGAUAAUAUGGCACAUAUAAAAAAUGGAGGAAAUGAAUUAAAUGUUAAAAAACCAAGAAAUACAAUAGUUUAUUCUCAACCGGAUGAUUCGGGUGUUGGAAAUCAUUUACAGUCUCAGCUUUAUUAUACAUUAGAAUAUCUUAAAAGAAACGAAUCACCAAAAACAUCAGAGGAAAUAUCGUCAUAUCUUUCUAUUCCAUUAACAAAACCUUUUAUUAAUAUAUUACGAACAAAUGAAAGAAUAGAAUAUGAUUCUUAUAAAGAUACAUAUCACUUUAAACCAAUACAUAAUAUUAGAUCAGCAACGUCACUUGUGGAUUUUUUAAAUUCAACUGUAACAGCAACAGGUGUUUUAGUAAAGGAUCUUAAAGAAGGAUGGUCGGAAGCAAUAGAUGAGAUAGAAAAGCUAGAAAAAGAUGGACAAAUUCUUGUAUUAAGAGCAAAAAAAGAUGGAAAUUUAAAAUCAGUAUGGCCGAAUUAUUGUAGUGAUCAAGAGUCAGUUGAUGAAGAAUUUAAGGAAAUAUGGCAUUCAUUAAUAAUACCAGCACCUUCGGAUCUUCCUAGAGAACUUGAAAAUGUUGGAUUAAAACCUACCUCUGUAGAUCCUGCUACAAUCAAAAGGAUUUCAGUGGCAACAAGCUUACAAAAACAAAAAAAAAGACGUAGCAACAGAGGAAGAAUUACAAAUACACAUUUAAAUAGCUUAAAGGAUUAUAGUGACCGAAGACUUUAAUAUUUAUAAUUAUUAUCUAUAAAUAUAUUUGUUUUUUUGAUGGA